AUGGCCGCCAAGUCGAUCCUCGAAGCAGACGGUAAAGCCAUUCUCAACUACCAUCUCACUCGAGCUCCCGUCAUUAAGCCCUCCCCGUUACCUGCUGCCGCAACCCACAACCCGCCCUCAAGACUUGCAUCUCUCUACUUCCCAGAGGAUGCCGAUGUCCGCGGAAUCCUCGACCAAGCUGAAACCACGUACCCAUGGCUACUGCUAAAAGACGCAAAAUUUGUUGCCAAGCCAGAUCAAUUAAUCAAGCGUCGGGGCAAGAGUGGUCUUCUAGCCCUCAACAAGACAUGGUCCGAGGCAAAGGAAUGGAUCGCCGCUCGCGCAGGAAAGGAGCAGCAAGUUGAAACAGUGAAGGGUUAUUUGAGGCAAUUCCUCGUCGAGCCUUUCGUUCCCCAUCCGGAGGGCACCGAAUACUAUAUCAACAUCAACUCGGUGCGAGACGGAGACUGGAUUCUAUUCACACAUGAAGGUGGUGUCGACGUUGGCGAUGUCGAUGCAAAAGCCGAAAAGCUUCUCAUUCCCGUCGACCUCUCAGAAUACCCAUCAAACGAUGAGAUUGCAUCCGUGUUGCUGAAGAAAGUCCCCAAAGGUGUCCACAACGUUCUCAUCGACUUUAUCACAAGACUGUACGCCGUCUACGUCGACUGCCAAUUCACAUACCUUGAAAUCAACCCUCUCGUCGUCAUUCCCAACGCUGAAGGCACAUCCGCCGAAGUCCACUUCCUCGAUCUGGCCGCCAAGCUCGAUCAGACCGCUGAAUUUGAGUGUGGUGUCAAAUGGGCUGUUGCUCGAGGCCCAGUAGCUCUGGGCCAACCGGUGAUCAAGGUGGACAAAGUCAGCAUAGAUGCGGGCCCACCAAUGGAAUUUCCAGCACCUUUCGGACGUGAAAUGAGCAAAGAAGAAUCGUACAUUGCUGAGCUAGAUGCUAAGACUGGUGCCUCGCUCAAGCUUACGGUGCUGAAUUCGAAGGGUCGCAUUUGGACUUUGGUCGCUGGAGGUGGUGCCUCUGUCGUCUACGCUGAUGCCAUUGCUUCCGCCGGCUAUUCGGACGAGCUUGCCAACUACGGAGAAUACUCUGGUGCUCCAACAGAAACCCAGACAUUUUACUACGCUCGCACUGUUUUGGAUCUCAUGCUUCGUGCUCCAAUCAGCCCUGAGGGUAAAAUUUUGUUUAUUGGCGGCGGUAUUGCCAACUUUACAAACGUCGCGUCUACGUUCAAGGGUGUCAUUCGAGCCCUCCGAGAGUACGCCCCAACUCUCGUCGAGCAUAAAGUUCAGAUCUGGGUCCGGCGCGCAGGUCCCAAUUUCCAAGAAGGCCUCAAGAAUAUCAAGGCCGUCGGUGAGGAGCUCAAAUUGAAUAUGCAUGUUUACGGGCCAGAUAUGCAUGUCAGCGGAAUCGUGCCCUUGGCACUGACUGGCAAGGAAACUCACGUCAAGGAGUUUGUUCACUAA